AUGUCUUGUUUAAGAGAGUUUCCCUGUCCGUGCAGUCAGUCUCUCCCUGUGUUUUUUUGGUUUCUCUCUCUCUCAUUUUCCCUGUUACUUUUCUCUCUCACUCAGAAAAAGAAAAUUUUUCAUUCUUUCUCUCUCUCUUUCUUUCUUUCUCUCUCUCUCUCUCUCUCUGUCUUCCCGUCUUCCUUUCUCUCUCUCUCUCUGUCUUCAAUAAAUUUUCUCUCUCUCUCUCUGUCUUCCUUCUUUCUCUCUCUUCUCUGUUUCUCUCUCUCUCUCUGUCUUCCCUUUUCCUUUUUCUCUCUCUCUCUCUCUUCUUUCAUUUUUUCUCUUUCUCUCUCUGUCUUGUCGUUUUCUUUCUUUCUCUCUCUCUCUGUCUUCCUUUCUUUUUUCUUUCUCUCUCUCUCUCUCCUUUCUUUCUCUCUCUCUCUCCUCUUUCUUUUCUCUCUCAAUUUUCUUUCUCUCUCUCUUUUCUCCCUUUCCUUUCUUCUCUCUCAUCAUCCCUCCCUCUUUCUUUUCUCUCUCUCAUCAUCCCUCCCUCUUUCUUUUCUCUCUCUCAUCAUCCCUCCCUCUUUCUUUUCUCUCUCUCAUCAUCCCUCCUCAUUUUCUUUUCUCUCUCUCAUCAUCCCUCCCUUUUUUCUUUUUCUCUCUCUCAUCAUCCCUCCUCUUUCUUUUCUCUCUCUCAUCAUCCCUCCCUCUUUCUUUUCUCUCUCUCAUCAUCCCUCCCUCUUUCUUUUCUCUCUCUCAUCAUCCCUCCCUCUUUCUUUUUUUCUCUCUCAUCAUCCCUCCCUCUUGUUUUUCUCUCUCAUCAUCCCUCCCUUCUUUCUUUUCUCUCUAAAAUCUUUCAAGAUUACAGCCACAUCAUGUUGA